AAGCUAGCUUCUUUCCUUUCAUUCUCCUUUCACAUUCCUCCUCCAUUACCUUGAAAAGAACUCAACUCCACGAGAGCUAGCUGAGGAAGGGAGAUAGAUCUUUGAUGGGGGGAGUUCAUCAGAUCAACACCAUCGCACUCUACAUCACAAUCUGCUGCCUAGCUUUCAUCCUCUCCAAGAUCACCAUCGCAGUCCUCCUCUACAAAAGAUGGAGAAACAAGCAGCACCACUCUGUUCAUCAAGACCCCCAUUUGGCAGGUGGGAAGGUGGUAAUGUUCAAGUCAGGGACAAUGCAGUCCCCAGAGGUAACCCCACAAGUGGUCCUGAAAAAAACCAUGAAGUUAACUAACAAGGACAUGAUCGGGUCCGGUGGCUAUGGAACCGUCUACAAGCUGUCCAUAACCGAGUCCAUUUCCUUCGCGGUCAAGCGGCUCAGCAGAGGGAGCCCCGACAGGGACCGGACCUUCGAGAGGGAGCUCGAGGCAAUGGGAGAUAUCAAGCACAGAAACAUUGUCACCCUCCAUGGCUACUACUCUGCCUCUCACUACAACUUGCUCAUCUACGAGCUCAUGCCCAAUGGGAGCCUGGAUGGACUUCUGCACCACCCAAAGGAGGGGGGAGAAGAAGAAGAGUUGCAGAGGGUUGUGCUGGAUUGGGAUUCCAGGUACAGGAUUGCAGUUGGUGCAGCGAGAGGGAUAUCGUAUCUUCACCAUGAUUGCAUCCCUCACAUAAUUCACAGGGACAUCAAGUCUAGUAACAUACUUCUGGACCAGAAUAUGGAAGCCCGGGUCUCGGAUUUCGGGUUGGCUACUUUGAUGGAGCCUGACAAAACCCAUGUCUCCACUUUUGUUGCUGGAACUUUUGGCUACUUGCCUCCAGAAUACUUCGACACAGGCAAGGCAACUGCGAAGGGGGAUGUAUACAGCUUUGGGGUUGUUCUGCUUGAACUUCUAACUGGAAGGAAGCCAACGGAUGAAGCCUUCUAUGAGGAAGGCACCAGGCUAGUGACUUGGGUGAAGGGAGUAGUUGAAGACAAGAGAGGAGAGUAUGUAAUUGACAGCAGCUUGAAGUGCAGCUCCUGUCAUAAUAUGGACGAGAUCAAUGGCAUGUUCGAAGUUGCAUUCGCAUGCCUGGAACCUGACCCUUUCAAUAGACCAACAAUGGCCGAGGUGGUUAAGAUGCUAGAGCUACUAAGAUGCGGUUGAGCAGCACAGCUGUUGAAGUAGAAGAAAAAGAGGAGAACUCUGUCAAAAUUUGUUAUGAUAGAUCUUCCAGCACAAAGUUAACAGGCAAUAAUUUCAAUUACCAACACUUACAGCUGCUGGAAUGGAAACCACUUUCCUUUUUCUACAUAACAUAAAUUUUUUGCUCACUUGCUCUACAAGUAACACUAAACUGGAAACUAGCCAAAAAUGGUUGCAUGAUGUGUUGUUCACUUGUGACCCACUGCCAGCCCGGUAGCAACAGACAUUUUCAGGGAGGGAGAAACAGGAGAGUCUCCAAAGAACACAUCGAAAAGGGCUGCAGCCACAUUCGUCGAUUCUAUCGUUGCAUCUGCACCAGAAGAUGUGUCGCCAUCCACGCAAACCUGGAAACCAGCAAAUGUCAAUCAAGAUCAUGAAAACUGGGAGAAAUAAAAUAAUGUUCUGCAUAAAUGUGUUGUGACAAAC